AUGCCGCCCAAGGGAAAAACCAGUUCUGGAAAAGGGAAAGGGGGAGCAGUUUCUGGAAGUGACAUUUCUAACAAGAAGGCUCAAGGUCCCAAAGGUGGUGGCAAUGCAGUAAAGGUCAGACACAUUCUAUGUGAAAAACAUGGCAAAAUCAUGGAAGCCAUGGAAAAAUUAAAGUCUGGAAUGAGAUUCAGUGAAGUGGCUGCACAAUAUAGUGAAGAUAAAGCCAGGCAAGGGGGCGACUUGGGUUGGAUGACCAGAGUGUCCAUGGUUGGACCUUUUCAAGAAGCAGCAUUUGCCUUGCUUGUAAGUGGGAUGGAUAAACCUGUGUUUACAGACCCACCAGGUAAGACAAAAUUUGGAUAUCAUAUUAUUAUGAGUGAAGGGAGAAAAUAAAUCAUAGGAAAGACUGAAAAAAUAUAUGUAUAUUUAGUGUGGGCAGGCAUGGUGUCUUGUGCCUGAAAUGCUAGCACUUUGGAAGGCCAAGAUAGGAGAAUUGCUUGAGACCAAUCUGAGCAACAU